AUGGAUCGUGAAACGGAGUAUAAUACAGAAUUGACGAAGAUCUAUCAUACGAAUUACGUGAGAAAUUCCCGAGCGAUCUGUGUUCUCUGGGGUAUCUUCACAGUCUGCUAUGCUAUUUUGAAUAUCGUCUGUUUCAUUCAGCCACAGUGGAUAGGUGACACAGGGGCAGGUGCUGCUGGAUUUUUCGGUCUCUAUAGAUACUGUUUAUUAUCCAAUAAUAACGAGUUUUCGUGUCAAGGGGAUUUUUUCGAUUCCAACAAGUAUUUGAAUAAGUCGUUCCAUGCUGCUGCUGUUUUAGUUGGAUUAUCGGCCUUGUUGUUUUUAAUCUGCUGUCUGUGUCUUCUGCUGUUUUUGUUCCUGAAUACCGCCACAACUCUGAGAAUCUGCGCUUGGAUCCAGACUCUUGCAGCUAUCUUCAUGUUUUUGGGUUGUGUAAUCUUCCCCAAUGGUUGGGAUAAUGAUAUCAUAACGGGAGUAUGUGGUAACAACAACCGAAUUUACGAUAUGGGAUAUUGUGGAAUCAGAUGGGCGUAUAUCUUAGCUAUAGUACUUAUAUUCGACGCCGCCAUCUUGGCUAUUUUAGCUUUCGUCUUAGCAGCCAAACAAGCUAAACUUUUACCAGAAGUUUACAAAAAGUUAGAGAAAUGUAAGUAUGAAAUUAGCUUGUGA